AUGGCGGAGGGUGCUGCUACCCCAUGGGAGGAGAAGCUGCAGCGGGUUACUACAUGGCUAAAGAAAGUAUUUGGGAAUCGACCUGUUCCACACUAUGAAGUGAAUGAGCAGACAGUUGAUAUCUUAUGUAAGCUUGCAGAAUACAACGAAGCCAGAGACAGGGAUGUUUCUUUGGUGAUAGAGGGUUUGAAGGAGUGGUCAAAGGAAUAUAAAGCAGAAGCUAAGUAUCUAGAGCGCCUUCUCUCAGAAGAGCUGGGUCUUUCCAUAUACAAGCUAUCCAGGAAAGGCACCAUAUACCUGGAUGUCCUGGUAAGCAGCGCAAUGACACUUGAAACGAAGGACACUUCUCUUGCCAGCUUCAUCUGUGCCAUCAAUGAAAGGACGUCGGAGCUGUAUACGACAGAAUUGGAAAACAGAGAAAUGGAACUGGAAUUGAAAAAUCUCAUGGAAAAAAUAACUACAGCGCUGAAGCUGGAAAGUCAGUUAGAGAAGGAUCUUAAAAAUACACAGGAACUUAUCACAGUAAAAAAGGCCAAAGUUGAUCGCAGAUCCCAGGACUUGCAGUUCCUGAAACUCAAAUGCCAAGAGUUAAAGAGAAGGAUCGAGGCUGCUGAGAUGGAGCUUGCUGCCACGGGUUUUGAUGAGUCACUGUCACACAAGUCGCUGGUGAGCCUGUCUGAG